CGCGGCGCUUUACGGCCGCGGGGGGCGCUUCGCCCGUGCCCCUCGCCCGCCGCCAUGUCCUCGCCGGGGCGGGCCGGGGAGGCGGACCGGACGCUCUUCGUGGGGAACCUGGAGAGCCGCGUGCGGGAGGAGAUUCUCUACGAGCUCUUCCUGCAGGCUGGACCAUUAACCAAAGUGACCAUUUGUAAGGACAAAGAAGGAAAACCUAAGUCUUUUGGAUUUGUCUGCUUUAAGCAUACCGAAUCAGUGCCUUAUGCAAUAGCUUUGCUGAAUGGAAUCCGUUUGUAUGGAAGACCAAUUAAAGUACAGUAUCGGCUUGGGAGUUCACACUCUUCAGAACUAAACAACCCUGCACAUGGUUUUGAGAACUAUGUUGACAUAUAUUCACCUUCAUAUAGGUAUCAAGAGCCUUAUGGAAAUCCUCCAUUUCCUGUUAUUCCUUUUCCAGUGAACAAUAAUUUACCUCAGGAAUACUCAGUCUUUCAAAAGAUGAUGAACCAUUUUUUAGCACAGCAGUACACAGUACACAGUCCAGUGGGUCAACAAUCUCCUUUCAAUCAGAUGACUUCACUACCUUCAAAUUUAUCCAUUCCUCCCUAUCAGAAUCAAGCUGCAAAUUUUAAGUCUGGAGAGAGUUCUUUCCAUUGGGCCCUGCCACAUUCAAGUGAUUGUGAGGUGUAUCAGAAGGAUGAAAGGACCUCUAAAAGAAAGAGAGAACAGCUAAGUUGUGACAGUGACAGUAGUAGUGAGAAUGACAAAAAGAAACAAAGAGAAUGUGACCAAAAAUACAAGAAGUGCAAAGUCAAGAAAAAAAGGCAUUAAUACUGUGUAACUGGAUUCAUUCUUUUCUUGUCUUAAUUACAUUUGAUUUUUUUUGAGAGAAGUUGUCUCUCAUCCUUGCACUUUAUUAAAAAAGGAAUUUUCAGUAUUUAUGAUAUUAUAUUUGAAAUGUGUUAUGCAUAAAGUAUCCUGAUACUGUAGUACUGUUUAAGGUAUAGGAAACAUAUUUAAAAAGUUUUCCUAAUAAAGGACAAAAGUAGUUAUUUUUUCCCCCAAAUCAUGGAGAGCUGUUAUUUCACUAAAAAAGAAACUUAACGAAAAUGCAUAAUUGCAGCCAUUCACGAAGCAUAUGUAUCACUUCUAUCACCAAUGAAUGUAUCUUGAAUGUAUUAUUGUGAAUUGUGUAAUAAUUGUCUGGAGGUGUGAUAAAGUCAAAGCAGUGAGCAUCAGGGUUGUGUUUGGCACUAAAGCAUGAACAGCUGUACAUUUUUGUUCCAAAUAUAAGAGUCUUUACUGAUUUAGCUCUGGUAUUAUCUUUAGUUAGGAUCAUCUUGUAUGUUCACUAGCGCUAAUUUUUUUCCAGCAUUAAAUUCUGGAUAAAAUGUGGGCACUUGCACUAAUUACAUGACUUACAUAUGUAUCAAUACUCAAAUGAAUGUGUAUAUUUUACAACUGCAACAUGUACUAACAAGAACUAUAUGAAUAUAUGCAUCUUUCUAUAAA